AUGAUGAGCUCAGGCUGCGGAGGAGAAACUUGCCACAACAACAACCCACCCCCGGCUGCCGCGGAGGGGGGGGAGGCGCCCCGGCCGCCUCCCCGGGGCGCUGCGUCCCCUCCCCGGGUACCGAGCGGCGAGAGAGAGCCCGCGGGGGUCCCAGCUCCAAGAACAACCCCAUUCUCGCUUCACCGCGGGGAGAGGGAAGGAGAAGAGAGGGAGGGAGGCUCUUCCUCCAUUGUACGAGGAAGAGUGCCCGGGGGCUGCGGCUCCGGAUCGCGGCGGCUCCUCCUCCCUCCGUCUGCCCCCCCCCCCCAAAUAAAGGAAAGCGCUGACUCCGCCGCAGGAGUUUCGGCAGCAACAGCCGCAACUCCCCAGCUCGGCGCAGCGGGUCCGGGCGGGGGGAGGGAGGGAGGGCAAGCAGGCAGGAGGCGGCGGAGGGGAAGAAGAAAAGGAAGAAGAAGAAGAAAAGAAGGGAGCGGGGUCGGGGAGGGAGGAAGGGAGGGGGGCGGGGAGAAAGGGGCCCGACCUGCUCGGCGGGGACACGGAGCGUGUGUGCGAGUGUGGAGGAGGGGGGUCCGUCCCCUCCCGGCCGAGGGGCUGAAGGAGAAAGCGCCAGUCCCUCCCCCCCGGCCCUCCGCUGGCUGUUUGGGGCAGGAUGGGGGAGAAGGAGGAUCGGCGAGUCCCGCCGCAGUCUCGCUACGAGGAGAAAAACAAGCGCCCCCCUCCCUCUCUCUCCGCCGCACGCCCGGCCCCGCGCCCCCACGGGGCCUCGCGCCGCCUCCCCGGCCGCCGCCGACGGGGCACGGGGGCUCCCUCUCUGGCUCGGCGCCCUCACCUUUGUUCCGCGGCGACCGCCCGCCCGCUACUCCCCGGCCCGAGGCGGGGGGCACGGAAGGGAACGGGGAGAAGGUUCCUCUCAGCUCCGGGCACCUCCGGCCCCACUCGACGCUCCAGCAGCGGUUCCGCUGGCGGCGGCCCCGCACGGCGCGCAGAGGGGCCGAUCCGUCCUACGCGGCCCCGGCGGCGGCGGCGGCGACGGUGACUGCUCGACUCCGUCCCCCUCCCCCUCCGCACGGACUGACUGACUGA